AUGUUCGCCAACUCGAAAAGUGAGCCCAAUUUACCUAAGAAAUUGGAAUUUGGAGUACCGGGCCUGCCCACCUGCGGAGGAGUCACGAUGCGCGAAAAAAAGAGCGGCGCCCUCUCUCGCAUGCAAAAGCUCAGAAAGAGGCUGUCGCACUCUUUCGGACGAUUAUAGCAAAGACAAUCCAUCUACGCCACGAAUGACAAAUUUGGCGUCACCCCGACCAAAUUGCCAGAUUUUAUUGCCCCGAAAGACAGUUUGUCAGGCAGUUAUGGUGUUUUGCUCCUUUGCGCUCAAAUUCCGUCACAAGGGGGAGAAGUGAUGUAUGGUGAUUCGCCUUUCGGUAAAUCCGAAGCCUACAUUAAAUUAGAACAAUUAGGAGAGGGAUCAUAUGCUACUGUGUACAAAGGAUUUAGCAAUUUACAAAACCAAGUAGUGGCAUUAAAAGAAAUUAGACUGCAAGAAGAAGAAGGAGCUCCUUUUACGGCAAUCAGAGAGGCCUCCCUUCUCAAAGAACUGAAACACGCCAAUAUCGUAACGUUACACGAUAUCGUGCACACGAAAGAGACUUUGACGUUUGUCUUUGAAUAUGUGCAUACGGAUUUAUCGCAAUAUUUAGAGAGGCACAGCGGCGGACUGGAUUUCCGAAACGUGCGCCUCUUCCUCUUCCAGUUACUGAGAGGUCUGUCGUACUGUCACAAGAGGCUGGUACUCCACAGGGACGUCAAGCCUCAGAACCUUUUAAUUUCCGAAAUUGGCGAGCUGAAACUGGCUGAUUUUGGAUUGGCGCGGGCCAAAAGCGUUCCUAGUCACACGUAUAGUCACGAAGUAGUUACGUUAUGGUACCGACCGCCUGAUGUCCUGUUAGGUUCCACUGAAUACUCUACUAGUUUAGAUAUGUGGGGUGUAGGUUGCAUUUUUGUUGAAAUGAUCACUGGCAUGGCGAUUUUUCCCGGAGUAAGGGACACUUAUGAUCAACUAGAUAAAAUUUUUAAGGUACUAGGCACGCCCACCGAAGACGAUUGGGCCGGCUGUACACGACUGCCGGGCUACAAGCCUCACAAACUAGCCAACUACAAGACGCGGAGGCUGGGACUGUGCUGGCCGCGGCUACACGACGUACAAUACGGCGAGGCGAUGGCUACCGGCUUGCUACAGCUCAAUCCGGACAACAGGUUGGGUGCCGAAGACGCCAUGCACCACCGGUACUUUCAGGAACUACCAAAGAAACUUCUAGAACUGCCAGAAGACGCUUCAAUAUUUAGUGUGGAAGGGGUCCACCUCUACCCGGAACAAUACUCAGGGAUCAAAUGAGAGCGGAAGAAGCACCGUUGCCAGCUCAGUAGCGGUCACAGAACCAAGCAAUGAUGUCGCGUCGUUUUUCGAUCUACUAUAGUAAUAGUCCGCCGAUUCUCUCGUACAAUCAUACCAUAAUAUUUUUGCGUUUUUUUUUCUCCCUUUGCCAACGAAAACUAGAAGGUUUUUUACGUAAAUGUGGCAACAUCGAACUGACCUGGUAUGCGCGCGCAACACGAGGUUACUGGUAUCGGUUUAACUAAGCUGCGUUUAAACCUUACGCUAGGUAUUCCUUUGUCCUUAUCCAGUGUAGGACAAAGAUAAAAGUACAGUUGAAACACACGUCACGCGGUCUUCGUCCUUCCCUUUUUAUCCCAUACAAAUAAGAAGGACAAAUUGCUAUACAUAAGUUUUAACAUGAUUUGAUACGUCUUGUGCAAUGAACGUUGCUGCAUCUUUUUUUAUUUAAUGAAGUUUUCGUAUUAUUUACUUCUUUGUCUGGUGAAAUAAAUAGAUCAAUUGGAAUAUAUUCCAAUUCAGUGUUGCCACAUUUACAAUAAUAUCGUUGAACUAUCAUGCAAUAUCCUUGUAAAAAAAAAUAAUUUUAAGUUGAAAAAUUCUAUCCCUAAGUUUAAGUCAAAGUUAUUUUUGUAUUUAAAAGACUGGGAAUUAUAAAACAAUUUUUCUAGGGGGCACCCUACAAUGCCCCCUUUGUAAUUAAUUUAAUGAGGAAAACAAUUUUUUUGUUUGUUCGAUAUUGUUUCUGGUUUGUCUCUCUUCAGGCGUUGUUAUUAUUAUAUUUUUUGUCUUUUUUUUUUCAAUGUUAUUUGUAUACCCUUUUUUUAUAUUAUUUUUUUUUGUUUAUAUACAUUAUGGCAUUAUUUGAUCAAAAAAAAAAACGAAAUUUAUUUUAGUCAAAUUAAGGAGGUUUUGAUUACAAAUAAAUUUUGUCUGAAAACUGUGAUUUAAUAAAAUAAAAAAAUGAUGCAUUUAGGUGAACCAGACCAAAAAAAAUUAUCAAAUUAAUCGAAAGCUGCGUCGAAAAGUUUAAAAAAAAAAUAGAAAAUGGCUAACUCAUUCCUUCCAUAGUGCUCAAUUAAAAAAACCGUGUGUGUAAAGUAAUUUUUUGUGUGUGUGAAGACUAUCCCUUCAUACAAACUACUAAUAAAAUAAUAAAGCCUUAUUAUUAUCAAAAAAAUUGGGGCAAAGUGACACUGAGUACAGAUUUUGAAAGCCCUUUUUGUAAGCCUAUUUUUAUUUUGUUUUGUUGUUCCAAUAAUGUAAAUAUAAUAAAUGUAGCAAAGAAAUCACCUUGUUGAGUUACGCAAAUCUUAGAUAGCCAUUUUGUCUGUGUUAUUUUUAAGAGUUGAGAAUCCUCGUGCUGUGAAAAUUCUAUAAUCACAAGGAUUUUUUUUUUAGCAAAAUAGAUCUUGACUGUUUUGUAAAUAACAUCAAUAAGUGCCAAAAAAAAGGGGCAAGGAUAGAAUAGAAAAAUUGUAGGCCGAUUGUAGACAUUUAUUAUUUAAUUUCUAAUAAUCAUCACUAUAGGCCUAACAAAAAACAGCUAAUUAGAAAAAAAAAUCAGUAAUAAACAAUUCUAGGGAACGAAAUACAUAAAUGUAGAAUGUCUUCAAAAUUCUAGAAAUUAGUGAGAUUUAAUUUAAUUAACAGAAAAUGGAAUCUUUGUACUACUAUAGAUAGAAAUCUUUAUAGAUUACAAAAAAUAAAUCAAAAUCAAAAAAAGGCACUAAUUUUUGUUGCUGCAGUGCACAGCUUUAUCCCCCCACAAAAAAAAAAAUAAAGGACGUCCAAUAACUAAAAAAAAAAACCGUCUCAUGUUCUAACUGUGAAAAUUUGUAUAUUUAAGCGUUGAUUAGUAUUUGAAGGCUUUUUUUCUUAAUAGAAAUUUAGUAUUUUAUUUUUAAAUACAAAUCAUCGUCCCCCCAAAAAUGCACGCUAAAAGCAUGCUCUCAUUUUUUUUGUUGAGAUUAUCUCUCAAAUGUUGCAAUAUAUAUUUUUCGAGUAUGAUGUAAAAAACAACUUUUUGUGAUAAAGGGUGUGUUGUUUUUUUUUUUAAGUGAAUGUUUUUCAAAUUGGAAUUAAUAAUGAUAAUAAGAAAAAAAAGGAAUUCACCCCGAGAAAAAGGCGAGGGAUCCUCUUGGUUCCCUUGUCCAGAGAACAAUGUUGCUUUUGUACAUAGGAAUAGUUGUUUAUAUUUAGGUUAUCCUAAGACUAUUAAAAAAUAUUAAUA